GUCACUUCUGGUUGGCCAAUCAAACGCAGUCUUGAUUCUUAAGAGUGAAGAAAAGAUCAAGAUUCUUUUCAUUUAGCCCGACAGUUUGAACACGAUGAGAUCUGCAGAGUUUGUUUUCUUUCUGACAUGUCUGUUAUUGGGACAGAAAAUGGCUCAGAUGACUGAUGUGAAAUUCUCCUCAUCUGUUCGUCAAGACAGAGGUUUUGUAUCUGUUAAUACUGGGGACAACUUGACUUUGCAAUGUUUCUAUGACGGUGAUGCUGCAACAAAGUUUUACUGGUAUAAGCAAACUCUGGGACAGAAACCAAUAAUUAUCUCUACCUACUACAAGUAUGAAAGGAAUGGCACUUUUCAUGAUGAAUUGAAGAACAAUCCACGUUUCGCACUGGAUACUGAAACUGGUAAAAAUCACUUGAAGAUCACAAAUUUGCGCAUCUCAGACUCAGCUACUUACUACUGCGCAAGCAGCUACUCAUCCAAGUUUGAGUUUGCAGAAGGAACUAUUGUCAAUGUAAAGGGUUCAGGUUUGAACAUCCAAGCUUUGGUCCAUCAGUCGGCAUCUGAGAGCUCUGUGACUCUGAACUGUACAGUACACACUGGGACCUGUGAUGAUGGAGAACACAGUGUUUACUGGUUCAAAAACUCUCAAGAAUCUCAUCCAGGAAUCAUUUACACACAUGGAGGCAGGAAUGAUCAGUGUGAGAGGAACAACAACACACAAACACACACCUGUGUCUACAACUUGCCAAUAAAGAGUCUGAAUCUUUCUCAUGCUGGGACCUACUACUGUGCUGUCGCCUCAUGUGGACAGAUACUGUUUGGAAACGGGACCAAGCUGGACGUUGGCAAUGAGGUGGAUUCUCUUGUGUAUUUGUUAAGUGGAGCUUUGACAUUCACCACCAUCCUGGUUGCUUUACUGGCUUUGUAUGUGAUCAACAAAAGAAACAGCUGCCAGUGUAAAGAGUCUCAGGUGAGAUUUUCAGCUCCCUCCACAUCAAAUGCAGAGGGUCACCAAAAUGAAGAAAACAUCCAUUACGCAGCUUUAAAGGAGCACAAGAUCAACAGAUCUAGAAGAGAGAGGAACAACACCGAGACUGAAUGCGUGUACUCAAGUGUAAAGCAGUAGAACUGUUCAUGUUUUAUAUUUGUUGCAGUGUAAUAAGAUAUGCCUUUAUUAGUGUUUCUAGCAAACUCAUAAGACACUGAGAUCAUGUUAUCAGUAUAUUUUUCUUGUGACUAUAGAAUGGAGCAGCCAUAAUUCCCAGAGAUGAGUUGAUUCAACUAGUUAUUUGAGAAUGUAUGUUGGUGUUGGAUUGAAGUAAUAAUAUAUUUAUGUCAAAUUAAAAAGUUUUUAAUGUUCCAUCCACAACCCAAGUCAAAUUUUAGUAAAUCAGCAAGCUAAGGACAUUUUUACAAGAUGGGCUUCGGAACAAGUGUAUGUGAGACAGAAACAAAUCAACACAGAAUGGAAAAGACAGUAAAAGGGAAACAUAUGAGGCACAGAGAGCGGGUACAGUACUACAGAGCAGAUAUCUCAUAUGUAACUUUAAGGCAAACAAAGCUUUAACAUUGUCUCACUCGUUCAACAAAGUUGGAAGGUUUUCGAAUCAUCUACUGGAUUUUAGAAAAAAAAAAUUCUCAAGGGAUUAUACAUACAAUAGCUUCAGCACUUCAAGGCCCUGAAAACAUAUUUUGUCAAUCAGCUUCCCACUUUGAGCAAUGGGACCCUUUAUGAACAUUCAAGAAUGUUUUCUGCCAAAAGUUUUGCUUAUUUCACUUGAGAGAUAUCUGUUUGAGCUGUUUUGUCUGCGCUCCGCUCAAUAGUUUACUGUGGGCAGGGCUUGGUGGGAGUAAGGUGAUGUCACGUAUUUCUGCCCCAAUCAGACUUUUGCUAAAUUUGAAUCAGAAUCUGACGUCAGUUGUUGGGUUGUUGGGUUAUUUUGCCAAGCCACUGUCAAUCACAUCUGUGCAAACCACACCCACACAGUCCUGAUGAAGCAGAUUAGCUGAGUUUUGAAUGUUAAACUC